AUGGUGUCACCGGUCGCUAAGCAGACAUGGGCAAUAUCGGCAGUGCUCAUCAAUAUGUUAGCCCAAGGCAUGAUGCUAAGCUACCCGUCCAGUUUACUGCCAGCGAUCCGGGCUCCAGAUUCCGACAUAAAAGUGGAUUUAAAUACAGCAUCUUGGCUAGCUUCAGUGGUUGCAGUGGCCGGAAUCCCUGGCUUUUUCAUAUCCUCUAUCCUCAUGGAUUGGGGAGGCAGGAAGAUGGCGCACGCUAUCAUCAUAAUACCUGGCAUUUUGGGCUGGCUUUUUAUUUACUUAGCAGGCAGUGUAACUGCACUUCUUAUAGGAAGAUUAUUAACUGGGUUUACGGGUGGUGCUUCAGUAUGUCUAGGAGCAGUGAUUAUUGGAGAAUACUCAAGUCCAAAAAAUAGAGGCACUUACUUAAAUUUAAAAACAGCCAGCGUUUGCUUGGGAAGCAUGAUGAUUCACAUCCUAGGAAAUUAUUUUCACUGGAGAACUGUUGCAUUUCUAUCAUUGUUCCCGUAUAUUAUUUCCCUCAUCAUAAUUUAUACUUGGCCCGAAAGUCCUGCAUGGUUAGUUACAAGGAAAGAAUUCGAGAAGAGUGAAAAGGCGUUUUACUGGUUGAGAGGACAUAGUGGAGAAGCUGAAAAAGAAUUAUAUGAACUAAUCAGAGCUCAAAAGGAUAAAUCAGUUGAUAUAAGAAACAGCAGUUUCAACGAGAAAAUUGUUGAAUUUUUAAAGAAGUUUACGAGAAAAGAUUUCGUGAAACCAUUAAUCAUAAUAGUAUUUGGCGGGCUGCUAAUUGAAUUUUCUUUCCGACAUAUUUUUCCCGCAUAUGCAUCCCAAAUUAUUGGUGAAAUAACAGGAGACAAAUCUCAAUCGUUUUAUUAUACAUUAGCUUUAGAUAUAAUUAUAACAACCAGCGCUAUAUUUUCCUCGGUAUUGGUCAAAAUUUACAAACGUCGCACUCUUCUAUUUGUUACUGGUUUUUCUGCUUUGUUUUUUUUAUUUAGUGUAUGCACAUACCUUUAUCUAGUAUCUAAAGCAAUCAUUUAUAAUAAUUAUACAUGGAUACCAAUAUCAUUGUUUGUACUGUAUUUUAUAUUGGCCAAUUUGGCGUGUACACCGAUUCCUCUAGCUUUAUUAGGUGAAGUAUUACCAUUAGCUCACAGAGGUUCUGGAUCAGCUCUUGCAGGUCUUGCAAUGUCUCUCAUCCUACUCAUAGCACUCAAAAUUACGCCGUAUUUACUCGAAAGCGUUAAAGUUUAUGGAACAUUCACUAUCUUUGGAUCAGCUAUGGGCUUAACUCUAGUAGUGUUUUAUUUUAUACUACCCGAAACAAAAGACAGAACUUUGCAGGAGAUUGAAGACUAUUUCAAUUAUGGAAGAUUUAAGAACGAGGAAAUGCUAAGUAAGGAUGAAGAAGAUGUGGAAAUGAAAAUGAUUAAUUGA